AUGGCGGAUGUCAAUACAGAGCUUGACAUAGUUCCAGCGACCCCAAACCUAGGCAGAAUACAUCGGUCAGGCGGCAAGGUGCGGGGUUUCGGUCGAGACGACUACCAUCGGUUUCGCAACCUCUCCCCGUGGUACAUCUGCGCUGCCGAGAAGAACAUCGGCGCCGUCCACGUCGAUUGCCGAUUGCUCCUGAAGAAAUCUAAGUUGGGAGUUUUCGGCUUUGGAGUCGACGAGCAACCCGGUGGUAUAAUCUACUUCAAUCUGGAUAUUUCCCAACCUCCCGACUGCUCGCUGUCAGAGGCCACCAUCGAGAUCACAUUUGAUCAAGAGUCUGGUUUCAUCAGACAGCACUACGCCGAAUCGACUUCCACCAAACCUCCCCAAAUUCCCGUUCAAGUUGCAACAUGGGGCCCUACGAAGCUCACGGGCGAAAAACGAACACUGACGGUCGAGUCCAGCGCGAAUGGAACGGCGUCUAUCCAGUUCCCGGGUGGUGGAAUCGGGGGCGUUGGGUUAGACAAGAAGAGGACCGUCGAGCGCUGCAGCCGAUGGGCAUUGAACAGCUCUCUCGUUAGAGGAAAGACUGGUAAACUGUACCAGGGUGUGAAAUGGACGUUGGCAGCGAACAAGUUCGACAAGGGUUCGCAACCCGGCGGCAACCUUUACACCGCAUUCUCCUUCCAGUACGAUGGCGAACCUUUUCUCAUGAAGAACAUAGUCCUUGAAUCGAUUGCCGGCGCGAUGACCCAUCGUGUCUCUCACAGCGGGAACACAUCUCGCAUCGACACCCACAUCCACGUGCUUACUCCAAGCUACCUGGCCGCCCUCGACGAAGCCGGCGGCGACCCCUCCGGCUGGGCCACCCCCAAUUGGACUCUCGAAGAAUGUGUCCGCUUCAGCGACACCAUCGGGUCCUCCUUCUCCGUGCUCUCCGUCACGGCGCCUGGUCCAGCCCUCCUUGGACCAACUGAAAAAGGCAGACGCUUAGCGCGCGCUCUCAACCAAGAAGUCUGGGAUGUCUGUCAGCAGCGGCCCGGCCGGUUCGGCUUCUUUGCGAGUCUACCCGAUUUCAACGACACGGAAGGCACAAUCGCAGAGAUCAAGGCGAUAUUUGAAUCAGAGAAAAGGGCCAAUGGUGUUGUAGUUAUGACGUCGUACGGCGACAAGCUUGUGGGAGAUGAAGUGUUCAGGCCGAUCUGGGAUGAACUUAACAAGCAUGCGGCGCUUGUCUUUGUUCAUCCGAGCCAUGUCAAGAUCACGCCGGAGAAGAUUGGCGGGUUCCUCCCACAGCCGGUGAUUGAUUAUCCGCUGGCGACGACAAGGGCGGCUAUGUCGUUGAUCGUGUCGGGCGUCAUGACAUAUUGUUCGAAGAUUGAGGUCAUCUUGAGCCAUGCUGGGGGGGCUUUUCCGUUUCUUGCUCAGCGUGGGAUCGGGGCGCUGAUAAACCCGACUAUUGCAGAGCAGUCCAAAGCCAACAUUAUUCAGGGGAGAGCUGCAAUGGGCCGAUUCUGGUACGACAUUGCGCUGUCUACCAGCGAGGCGCAGCUCAAGGCGCUUCUCGCCACGGCAUCAUCGUCACGAAUCGUCUUUGGAAGCGAUUUCCCGUACGCCCCAAAGCUGGGUAUUUAUGCUGGCCUGCUGCAGUACAGCAAGUUUGCAGAGACUGCUGAGGGUUCCCCAAUCAGGCCUGCAGAGCUCAACCAUAACGCGACCGUCCUGCUUAGAGCCCACGCGUUGGAGAAUUCCUUCUUACCGCACGACAAGGGUGAGGAGGAUAUGAGGCGUGAGCCGGAGUUUGGGCUAGAGGAGAAUGAUGACGCAGCGCAGGCUAGGGAGCAGCUAGACGAGCACUGA